AGACUCUCGUCUACGAAAACUAGAUGGGAGGAACAUGAGGCUGGAGUUGGGUCACGUCAUCAUGGGUUAUAAGGACGACUUACCGGCUCUCGUCUACACAGUACAGAUUUGUGAUGGCUACUAGUGUUGCUAAGAAGAGGAAGUACAUCGAUGGAUACAUUAACUACGGAUUUACGUCAAUCCUCGCUGAUGGCAUUGAGAAACCUCACUGUGCUGUGCUUCAAAGUGCUGGGGAACGAUUCUAUGAGGCCUAGUAAGCUGAAGCAUCUUCUGAUGACGAUCCAUCCACAGUAUGCGGAGAGAGACACCGAUUUCUUCAGGCGCCAUGAACGGAUUGUAGUUGAGGCAUCAUACGAGGUUUCCCUCGAAAAUAGCAAAGCAAAAGAAGCCCCAUACAAUUGGGGAAACUUUAAUUAAGCCAUGUGCUUUAAAAAUGGUCAAACAGGUUCUUGGAGAGGCAAGUGAACGUAAAAUUCAACAAAUUUCCUUGUCAAACGAUACAGUGAAACGGAGAAUUAAUGAAAUGUCAGAUGACAUAAAGGAAAAAGUGAUACAGGAGAUCAAAUUAUCUCCAACUGGUAUGUUUACAAUACAGCUGGAUGAGUCAACGGACGUGAGUUCUUGUGCACAGCUACUCAGGGAGGAAUAUCUGCUCUGUACACAGCUUGAGACCACCACAACAGAUGUAGAUGUGAUGGAAAAGCUGUCUUCUUUCUUCACAGCUAACAGGAUCAGCUGGGAUAAUUGUUGUGGAGUCUGUACGGAUGGGGCUCCGGCGAUGAUGGGAUCAAAAUCGGGGUUCCAGAAGCGUGUCAAGGAAGUAGCUCCGAAUGCCAAGGGGAUCCAUUGUAUGAUCCAUCAUUUUGCACUGGCGUCGAAAACCCUCCCUGAUGAACUUUGCAAGAUCCUGGAGGUAGUGGUCAAAUGUGUCAACUGUGUCAAAGCUGGAGAUCUGAACUCUCGCUUUUUCCAGAACCUUUGUAGAGACAUGGAUUCAGAGCAUGAAGCCCUCCUCUUUUACUCCAAAGUGCGCUGGCUUUCCCAAGGUGUAAUGUUGUGACUCGAGUGUUUGAACUUCGCGGAGAGCUUAAGUUGUUCCUGGAAGUUCAAGGGAAAGAUGAUCUAUUAAGUCACUUCAAUGAGGUGUUGUGGGAGCCUCGUCUUGCAUAUUUAGCAGAUAUAUUUGAGCAGCUAAACAGGUUGAAUCUCAAGCUGCAGGGCAAGGACAGAAAUGUGUUUCACCUCAUGGAUUGUCUUCGUGCAUUUCUUGCCAAGCUCCAGAAGUGGCAAAGGAAAGUCAAUGCAGGAAAUGUUGCCAUGUUUGAGAAUCUUUCAACUGUUCUUGAUGAGAAUGUAGAUCAUCUGCUUGACCCAUCACUCAAAACUGAAAUCACUCAGCACCUGAAAUCCUUGGAAAGUGAGCUCAAAAAGUAUUUCCCAGAAUUCGAGGAGGAAGAUGGGAAAUUGGUGAGGAAUCCUUUCUCUGGCACUCUUGAUAUUGCUACAAUUCCCAAUGUUGUUCAGGACGAAUUUAUUGAUCUCAAGAAUGAUUCUGCUGCCAAAGAUCUCUAUGAAGAAAGAUCUCUGACUGUAUUCUGGUGCUCAAUGUAUCAGUCAUAUCCAAAAGUUAGCGAGAUUGCACUUCGAGUCCUCUUGACUCUUUCAACUACCUAUUUAUGCAAAUCUGGUUUCUCCACCCUUCUACGUAUAAAGAGUAAAAGCCGGAACCAACUGGAUGUGGAUCCGGACAUGAGAUGUGCAUUGUCAGUGACACAACCUCGGAUCAGUCACCUGACUGAAAGGAAACAAUGUCAGCCUUCCCAUUGAGCUGUGACAAAAUAUGCAGAGGUCAUAUGAACUUUUUCCCAACCAAAUUCAAGUUUGCUGUGAGGCUUGUCUAGUAGUCACUCUAGUCUAGUGACGUCAGUUUUGUAAAUCAUGUAAGUCUAUCAAAAUAUAAGAUAAUGAUGUUUGUCAACCUUGAAAUUAAAAUAAGGGUAUUGUC